AAAAACGGUGUCGAAACCAUGGAUGAAGUGCAAACUAUAGAAGCGGCCGUCCUAUCCUUCUAUCGUGGUGGAUCCGAACAGCAGAAGGAAACACACAAAUGGCUCCAGCAGAUACAAAACAGUCCCCAGGCCUGGUCGUUCUGCUGGGAGCUGAUGCAGCUGAACAAAUCUUCCGAGAUACAAUUUUUCGGUGCAAUCACACUCAAUUCGAAACUGCGAAGUGAUUGGGCCGAAGUUCCGAAGGAAGCACAUCACGAGCUGAAGCAGAAGUUGCUAGAAACGAUCGUACUCUUCGGUAACGGUCCCAAGAUCGUACUGAACAGGCUGUGCAUCUCACUUGGUCUCUUUAUCGUGCACAUGUUGCGCCAUCCGACGGUUAUCGAGGAGGUCACGAAUAUGUUCCUGCAUGAACAGUUAGGCAAUCUUUCGAAGGUAACCCAAAUCGAGAUAUUGAUGGCGGUGUUGGAGGGCAUUCCGGAGGAGGUCAAAACAAUACGCACACAGAUCCCGCGGCCCGUCGUUUGUGAGGAGCUGAAUCGGAAUGCGGAAUUCGUCAUGCAAACCGUGGUAACGUACCUGAACGAGAAGCUUAGCCACAGUGCAGUCGAACCGCACGAUAUGAACGGGUUGAUAAAUGCGGCUAAAUGUACCGGCACGUGGGUUAAGCACGGUAAUGUCCAUCUGAACGACCGGGAAGCGAUGAUACAAACGCUGCUGAAAGCCGUUCACUACUGCUACUGGAAGGAACCGAAGGACGAUGGAUGUUUGAUGCCGGAAGAGAACGAACUGGCGGAAACGGCACUGAAGUCGUUAGCGAACAUUAUCUCUUCGUAUGCCACCCAAAGUACGAAAUAUUCUUAUACCAUCAUCAACUACAUGAAGCUGUUCCUUGACGUGCUCGUACCCAUUCUUGACGCCGAGUACAAAGAGAACAACGACAACGAAAACUUGGCCCUCAUUAUCUACGCUCUGUUCAUCUCUACCCUUGAGUGCUUUUCGUCCGCCAUUUUUGCUGGUAUCUCGACCGAUUCGGAAGAAGUGUCCAAGGUGUACACGAGGACGGUCGAUAUGUUGAUCAAAUGUACGGACAAACCGGGCACUUAUCCGGUUGAUGAAUCGUGCAGUACGUACGCAAUGGAGUUUUGGUACAUGCUACAGGAGGAGGUCCUUUCGAUGGACAACGGUGAGCACAAGAAGCGCUGCCUCGAAGCAAUCAAGCCAGUAUACGCGCACGUGGUGAAGGUUUUGGUAAGAAAGUCCCAACUUCCCACCGAAUCAUCCCUCCACAAGUGGAACGAUGACGAUCUGGAAGCGUUCCGCUGUUACCGACAGGAUAUCGGUGAUACACUGCUCUCCUGCCACGACGUCCUGAACGAUCUCAUGCUCGAUGUACUGUCGGAAGCGCUCGAUGAAUCGAUCAUGUACCUCAGCUACGAUCCACAAUCCACCGAAAGCUGGACACUGCUGGAAGCGACCAUCCAUGCGUUCUGCUCGAUCGCGCAAAAGAUCGAGUACACCGAGCAUCAGCAGAUUGUGAAGCUGCUCAAGAUACUGAACGAAAUUCCGUACGAAAAGUACAACGACAAGUUGUUUGGCAUGGCACUGGAAACAGUCGGUGCGUACAGCGAAUGGAUCGGUGACAAUCCCAAAUAUCUUCCGUCCGCCAUUACGCUGCUGGUGAAGGGUCUAAACUCUACCAAAGCUUCCCAGGCAACGCUCGGCCUAAAGGAUCUUACCUCCGAAUGUCAAAAGGAAGUUAUACCGUACGCCCUACCACUGCUGGAUGCGUGUCGUACAGCGCUACAGGAAGGUCAUCUUAAAAAUGCCGAAAUGAUCCGCCUAAUGUACACCGUCGGCAACAUACUGAGCGUGAUCUCGUACGAAAACAUUAUCGUCUACCUGGACGCGAUGGUUUCGCCCUGCUUCGAGGAGCUUCAGAUACACGUACAGAACAACGACCGAACCGAAUCGACCAAGGCGCGCGUCAUAUUGCGGCUCGAAAUGAUCUCGAAGCUGUUUUCGUCGCUAAACAUCCGGAAACCAACCGAAGGUGACGGCAUGCUAAUGGACAAGGGUUGUUUAGUGGGGGUGGAUGGUGCGGUGGGUGGAGGACAGAAGUUACCUUUCCCCCCAGGCACACCGAUACCGGGCGGUCCGGUACAGCCAAUUUUGCUUAUACUGGAGAAAACGAUGGGUCUGCUGAAGGACCUGUGCAAGCUGUGGAUACACGACGAGACGGUUAUCGAUACGCUCUGCAAAGCGUUGCAGCAAGCGCUAACAAAUCUGAUGGAUGACAUCAAACCGCUGCUUACUGAGAUGUGCUGUCUGGUGCUGUCGAUCCUUAACACCAACUGUGUUGUGUCGGCGGCCGAUAUUGCGGGCAAUUUUAUUCUUAUGUUUUACAAGGAUCAAGACUCUAGACAACUCAUGGUGCAAUUGUUUACCGCUAUCAUGGACUACAACUUUAACCAGAUGCAGCAAAACUUGGGCAAACUGUCCCGGAUAGCGGAUUUGAUCGAAACGUUUUACGCGUUCAAUACGCGGAUAUCGAAAAAGAUUCCAAUAUGCUACAGUGAGGUACAGGUUGACUGUAUGAAGCUGGUAGACUUCGCCACCAAGUGUAUGAUGUUACCCGAGACUGGACCGAUGAAGAAGAGUGUUGCGUUCAUUACGAUGUUCGUUAAGGAAUCGACCAAUCAUCCGGUGAUGAUGAACGUGGUACUAGCGCAGGGUGAAAAUAUCGUUCGAUCUACCUUUUUGUGUAUUGGUGGUACUGCCCUUCGCACACAAGUGGAAAUAUUUGCCGACAUCUUUCUCGCCCUUAACUUCCGCUAUCCGACGGAAUUUAUCCAAUGGAUGAAGCUGCUCGAAAUAGCAAACUUCCCGACCGCGUACGUUAGCGGCAACGAUAAGGAACAGUUUAUGAGGAAAGUUAUAAAGGAACGUGUUAAUAAGCGGCUCGUGCAGGACCAUGUGCGAAAGUUUGCCGCACUCUGCAGAAACAUCGUUGAGUAUGAAAACAAGUAAGCACAAA